AUGUAUCGGAAGUUGUCUAAGUUAGAACACUCGGAAAUAAAACAACUUCUUACAGAAGCUAACAUAGAUGUUGCAAAACAUUACGCAACAAACAAAAAAGCACUCGCUGACAUCCUCAAUGACUAUAAUGGUACAAUAAGUUACGAUAGAAUUCAUGAGUUCAUAAAGCCGCAACGCGGCGAGGACGAAGUCCAUGCAAGAGCAUUUCCUUUAAAUGACGUUGCUAUUGACUUAUAUCAUAGACGUUCAGUACCUCAUGAAGUAAGGCGUGAGAUGUUUGACAUAACAAAUGCAAACGUUGGUGAAACAAGAAGAAGAGACGACACACUGAAACAACAGAGAAGAGAGAUGUUUAAAAAUGCUAUAGAACAAGUUCGCAAAGCUAACGAUGUCAUUCGUUCCAUUGACGACAAACCAAAAGAAGGUGAGAGAUGGUUAAAGAAAGAUGAAGAGAAUAGGAAGAGGAAUGUUAAGACAGGCAAUAGACUCAUUGACUUUAACAUCGAAGCUUUAGAUGAACCAAACAGAGACUACUUACACAAACAUUUCGGUAAGGUUUUCAUGAGACUCUUAGAGAAGAUUAAAAUAAACUCCCAACAAAGAUGGAUGGUAUGUUAUAAACUUGGUGGAAAGUAUGACUGUUCUACGUUAAACCUCAAUAAUAUUGGAACAUUACUACAUCAGCUCUUGAAGGAGAACUUUAUAUCAGAGAUAGAAGCAAAUGCUGCAGGUAUUGUUGAAAUGCACUAUGACUUCUUCUUGACAAACAUAAAGAAUCUUACUGAAAUAAAGAUGUAUGAUUUAACAGAAUAUGAAGGCUUAACGAUGUCAGAUGUUAAGAAAGGAAAGCCACAGAAGCGACCAUAUAGAGAUGAAAGCACACUGACAAAUGACCAGAAAGCCAUUUUGGAAGCUCUUAAGCAAACAGGAAACCCAGCACUUAUAGAAAGCUUUUGGAAAGAUAAUGGUGAAAAGAAGUUUUAUAAGAAGAGAAGCGGUCAGUUAUGGAAGUAUCUUUGCACAUUACCUAUAAAUCUUGAACGCUACCAAAUCUUCAAUGAACUGAACAAAAGAACUGCAACACUUAUGACAGAAGACAAUUGUUUCGUUUAUGCUUGCAUUCAAGCUGGAGUAGAUGAAGAAACUAUUGACCACAUGAGAGAAGUCAUUCGUGUUAGAGACUUUCCUCAAAGUAAAGUACAAGAAAUUUCCGAUUCAACAGGUAUAGCAUUUAAUGUUACCAUUGGUUAUUUCAAUGACUCAAGACAUAAUGAAAUAAAGAGAUAUAUACCAAAAGAAUGUGAAACUGUUCGAACUAUUGACUUACUUC